AUGUCCUUCGGGACAGGCGCCACUUUGGAGUGCAUACGAAUGCUCCUGGGAAGAAUGAACCUUCCUCAGUUCCACUUGUGUGGCCACCCUUACGGAGUCCUCCAAAGUGAGAGUUCAGGCAACCCGUCCCGAUCGCCCGUGAACCCAGUGUCCACGCUGUGUGUUUUAGAACAAGAGCUUGUCUUGGCUCGCGGCACCUCGCGACGCGACCCGGCGUGUAGAACUGAAGACCGGCGCCAAAUCGGACUCGAGGCCGAUGCAAACUGCCCCACGCCGCGCAGCCUGCAAGGCUCGAUUCACAGCGGGAGCGGCGCU